UUAAGGGGAAGAGGAGACCAGUUAGGCUAUGGAACUUGUGGCUUUGUGAAUGUCUGGUUUAGAGCAAAGAACAGUCGAAGUUUCCAUCUACGGACAUUAAAAAAAACCCAGCUGGAUAUUAUAAAGGGAAGAUAGACGUCAGAUGUGAAAUGCAGUUGGUGGGCUGGAAGGAUUGUGGUCUGGUGAUGGUAGCCUUGACUUUGGCGUUUGACUCUGAAAUCAGUGUGACUGGUCUUGCCUGGAGAAUAUAUUUUGUUGCUUGUACUGUGUACAUUGCGGGGGUGAGUAGCUGGGGGAAUAAAAUGCUGCAUUGUUACGCAAAUAUUUAUCUUUACUUGGCUACAACAAAGUAUCGAACAGCAACCACAUUUUUAACAAGAAGAAGCCACGGCAGAACUCAACUGGAGUGGAUUAUUUAGUCCUUCACAUUCCUGAACCAUUUCAUCCGAAGCUUCGCUUACUACAGUAACAAUGCAGAACUGCAGUGAAAGUUUGCCGUCUUCUCAAGAGCUGCUUAAAGACCUCACAACUACUGGAAUUGUUGUCAUGGUUAUGCUCAAUGGUAUAGCAAUUGCCAAUUAUUGCAUCUUCAUAGAGCUAUGGAUAUACGUACACAACAAUGUCAUGAAUACGUUAAUCAAGGAGAAAACUAUGGCAGUGCUGGGCUUAUUUCCUGUAACUACCGUUGCUUAUCAGUUGGGGAUGUUUGUUCCAAGAGCAGGAGCCCUGGUGGACUUUGUGAGUGCAGUAUAUGCUAGUCUAUCAUUAUUUAGUUUCUUCCACCUCACUAUUGCUUACCUUGGAGGAGUCACAGAAGCUAUUGAUAAACUGCAAUAUGUGGAUACGCCAUUAAAUUUGGGGCCUUGCUGCUGCUGUUGUGCCUGCCUUCCAAAGGUGAAAAUAAGCAGAAAAACUUACACAAUCCUUCGAAUUGGCAUCUUGCAGGCAUUGACCCUGCAGCCUUUACUCCAGUUUAUCUGUACCAUUCUAUGGGCCGAUGGCGAAUAUAAUAAUGGACAGGUACAUCCAAAUGAUCCCUUGUUCUACAUCAGGAUUCUGCUGAACAUGUCUGCUUUAUUAUCCUUGUAUGCAUUUAACUUGUUACUGAAAGCAGCCAUUGGAAUUGCAGAAACAGGAUAUCAUCUUGUGGCUAAAUAUGCAAUUAUCAUUGUCUACAUCAUACUUUGCAAUCUGCAGCCACUGAUACUGAGCAGUCUUGCAACUUACAAUGUCAUUCCUUGCGUGGCCUUGUAUUCCUCCAAAAACAGAGCAUUGCAAAUGGAUCACCAUGCAAAGAUUCUGGAAAUGUUUGUACUACUGCUUAUGGAUGAAAUGACAAAGUCCUUCGCAGGUAAAACCAUAAGAGCUGAGUGUCAUGAGGAAAAGUCAAAUAAAUAUUUCAUCUGA